AUGUCAUCGGUUUGCGUCGACGAUUCAAGACUCCAGGGGCUCAAGAUGUUACCGUUCUUUGGAAGGACCUCCGAAGCAAAGUGACGAACAGUGCCAGUGAACUUUGGUGAACAUCUAAUUGGAAGUGACCCGUGAACGCGAACCAGUGCCAAUAUUUGACUAGUGGCGUGACGUAAUUUGAACGAUUCUUGGUCACGGAACCGAACCCGAGGAAUGUGGAAGAAAGUGAGCGUUCUUUCGCUGCCGCUCCUGCUGCUCGCCGGUAGCUGGCUGCGUGCUGACGAUGUCGAGCCUCAGCAGGCGGUGUCUCGUCUGUGCAACUUCAACAAUUCACUGCUCGAUCCGACCGACACCGAAGGCGAUGGUUACUGCGAUUGUGAUCUAAAGAACACUUCACCCUGGGGUGUGCUGGUGGUGGUGAUCAGCUGCCGGAAGCACAACCUCACGGACGCGCGCUGGCCGGAGGACAGCCGCGAGCAUCUGCCACAGGGCACGGUUCUGGUGGAUCUCUCGCAGAAUUCCCUUUCGCGCGUUCCGCGACUCAUCGGUGAAUCGCUCCGUUAUCUGCAUCUUAACCACAACGAGAUAGCGACCGUACCCGAUAAGGUGUUCGCUGGUUUGGACGGCCUACUCGAGCUAGACCUGAGCUGGAACCGGCUCGAGGUCCUCGGGGCGGACGCUCUGACCGGGCUCGGCCUGGUGAAGCUGAUCAACCUGGGCCACAACCGCAUCACCGCCAUCGAAGUGAACGCCUUCUCGGGUGCGAUUCACCUGGAACAUUUGGUGCUGUCCAACAACUCCCUCGGGGAGUUCUUCAACCGGACCGCGGAGACCGAUCUGUACCUGCGGCUCGGGGUAACUACGCGCCUCGCCACGAUCGAGCUCGAGCGCUGCGAUUUGAUGGACAUUAGCCUCACGAACGGGGCCGGUCUCGGGAAGGCCUUGCUCGGGCACAAUCGGCUCGCGCAGGUCACCCAGCUACCGAAGCAGCUCUCGUAUCUCGACGUCAGCGGUACUCCGAUCCGGAGCCUUUCGCCCAAGUUCCUGCCCCAUCUGUUGCACCUCGAGACACUGGUCAUGCAGGAUAUGCCGAUCCUGUACACACUGGAAGCGUACUCACUGUACGGGUUGCCACGCCUGGCGUUGCUCAAUCUGCAGGGCUCCCGGAACCUUUCCGUCAUCCACGCGCACACCUUCGGCCAGAACGUGGUACGCAACGAAACGGACACCGCACUGAAGCGCCUCAUCCUGAAGGGCACCAACAUACGGACGCUGAACGGGUCGCUCGCGUUUGCGUUCGAAAACGUCCGGAUGAUAGAUCUGCGUGGUGCACCCUUACGCUGUGACUGCCAGCUGAGGUGGCUUCGGGAGAUGCACAACCUGACCAUACUCGGUAUCUGCCUGAAGCCGAGUACGGUGCGCCGCCGGCUAUUCGGUACGAUCGAACCGCAUCAGUUCGAGUGCCGGGCGGAACAAUCGUGGGUCUACACCUUGUUCAACGUGAUCCUGGCGAUCCUGCUCGUAGUCGGUGUCGGCGUGGGCAUCUAUCUGAUCGUGCGUGCCGUCCGGCCACCUUCGAAUGUGCAGCUGCGCAAGGUAGGCGAAAACAGUCCGUACGCUCGGGUCACGAUAGAACCGAACCAGGCCGAGAACUUGUAGUGGACCGCCGAGAUGUGGUAGGUUAGGUUAGGUUUAAGUCGAAGGCGAAGCAACACAUUCCAUUAAAAUAAGCUUAUCUAUUGCCGGAUUUGUAAUAGACUUAAAUGAUUUCAAAAUUAAAAGGCAAAUCUCCAAAAGGUUUAUGCUCUGUUCGUAAAGCUCCGGAUUAGUGGUAACCCUUACGGACGCUAAGUUUAGCUUAAGUUGCGCCCCCAUUUUAACCCUAAGUAACGGUUGUGUAACGGGUGGUUAAGGUUGGGGAAAAAGUAAUUUACUAUUUUCUCGAUAUAUCGAUCAUACCGUUGCAGAUCAGAGUUGUAGGGUCAACAGAGGAAGUCUACAAAGAGAAAAGUCGAAACAUUUUACAAUUUUUGUCUGAUAAAGGCGAACAUUUUAGCUAGGCCGUUGAAAUUGUGCAUGGUGUUUAUGGUGCCGAUACUCUAACAGCUAGUUACGCGAAAUUUUGGUUUCAUCAACCCGUUUCAGUUAUUUUUUAUGUUAAAUCCUGGGCAGACACAGCAUCGAAAAUGUUGAUAAAAUCACAGAAGCUAGGAAGCCCAGGAGCUAAAGGUUAACCAUCAACAAAAGUUGUGGACAAACGGAAGGAAAUCGCCCUACUUUUUAACGGCUAAACCAGGACUAACGGCCAGGAAGGGUCUACGGUGCAUAUGAUGGGACUUCAAAGGAAUAAUUUAUUAUGAGUCGAUCCAUCAUAAAUCGGACAAUUGGAGACAUCUUAAAUGAAGUUUUGAAUUUCACCCAAAAAUAAUAGAUUACUUUUUCACCAACUUUAUAUUAAUGACGACCUUUCAUAUAAGAAUUGUGAAAUGAGUGAGAAAUAUAAUAA